AUGAAGGGCUUAAAGAAAAUUUUCGGAAAGAAGGGUAAAGGUUCAAGCUCUCGAUCGAGCACAAUGGGCAGCUCGAUAGCCAGCAGCUCUAGGCAAUCUACAAUUUCCCAAUCUCGUUCAAUCAGGGGACCGCCACCUUCGUACACGCCUCUUGGAUCUGAGGCCCCCACGCUAUCUCAAGAACCUUACAGAGAAUUGUAUCCCUACCCCAUUUUCGCUGCAGAUCAUCACACUGAGGCUAUCGACGUUCGAACCAUAGAUUUGACGGCACCACCAAAAGGAGGACACUGGCAACAUGCUGGAGACAUGACCCACGCAAAUGCAGGCAACGUUGUGGAGGGUAUCAGCAAUAUCAUCCGGUCCGGGGCUGUCUCGUGGGAUACCUCAGUAGGUACCGAUACUGUCAACAAAUUUGAGGUACUUCCUUUCAAUUUCUAUGAGCUCAAAGGAAGUAUGAAAGAAUAUACAGACUCUCACAUGCAAGUUGCUAAAGACCUUAUGCCUCGAUUUAGAACAGAAGCCGCGAAGUUGUGGCAAUCAGACCCAUCGAGUGUCAACCCUUCGUUGACAAAAGAUGAACGUAGGAUCAAAUGGAAGGAAGUCCUUGAUUCCUACGCUGGUGCAUGUAAACAAAUCUGCGAUGCUAAUCCUGAGGUCACAUGGAGAAAGCAAAAAGCCUUGGGUCACUGGUUGGCGUUCGCGAUCGACGAGAAACCGCUUGACAUGGUCUCUGACACUGAUGUCGAGUCGGCCACUGACCCCAUCAGUCCACAACAGUUUGAUAUCGAAGCUGCGAUUGCUCUCAACCACCUUUUACGUGAUAUGAAUACUCCCGAAGAUUUACAUGCGUUCUCGCAAGAUCCCUUCUCAAGCUUAGAAGAUAGCUUGACCAGAGAAUGGACGGGUUUGAAGGGGAGAUUCCCAAAUAUCGAACAUUCGAAUGAUCCAGAAGCAAGGAAGGCACUUGCUUCAUUCGAGGAGAGAAAGAUAUUGCUACACAAACUUCUCUCCGAAAAUGAAGAAUGA